GGAGGCGGCCGCGCAUGGCGCUCCAACACGAUGAGAGCACAAGUGGCCAUCAAGUGGAUCUGGAGCCGACAGCCGCCGAGAUGCUGCAGGCGGAGGCAGAGAAACCCAAGAGAUCCACUCAUGGCUGGACUUCAACGCAGGGAACAUGAGGGUUCACCGCAAUGGAAAUGCAUUUAACUCGCCGUGGUACUUUGGACAUUCUUGCCUGGAUAGUUUUCACCUCUUCACUGUUUCUAAUAGAUGGUGCAUCCCUUGACAAGCCACCUCCAACUGUGGACCCUUGCUUCCCAAAUCCGUGCCAGAAUCAGGCAAUAUGCAGAGUCCGCGGGGACGGCUACUCCUGCUUCUGCGUGCCAGGCUUCCAGGGCGCUCACUGCCAGAUAGAUGUGAACGAGUGUGCCUCACAGCCCUGCAGGAACGGAGCCACCUGUGUGGACAGAGUGGGUCAAUUCUACUGUUUGUGCCCCGCUGGAUUCACAGGGACCACUUGUGAGAUCCAGACCGAUCAGUGUCAGCCACAGCCUUGUCUCCACCACGGCACUUGUGUCGACCACGCCGGAGGCUUUCGCUGCGUCUGCCACGCUGGUUUCCAAGGAGACCGAUGCGAAAUCAACACCGACGACUGCCAGGAGGAGCCGUGCCAAAACGGGGCCCUGUGUGUGGACGGGGUGAACGAAUACAGCUGUGACUGCUCACACACCAAGUUCACCGGCCCACACUGUGAGGCACCGCUGGCACCAUGCGACUCUGAACCCUGCUUCAACAGCGCCAUCUGCAAGGACAACCAGGGUAACUACACCUGUGAAUGCUGGCCGGGGUUUGAGGGGCGUAACUGUGAGAUAGACCUCAACCAGUGCAGCAGCAGUCCGUGCAUGCAUGGCGGCCGCUGCAUCGAGAGGGCAUGGCUGGAUUUUUAUGACAUCAAGUCUCUGCUGCCUGAACCCUACGACCACAGAUUUGUUGCAGGCUACACCUGCGUCUGUCCUCCAGGAACAACAGGUUCCCGCUGCCAACAGGUGAUAAACCACUGUGACUCCAGUCCCUGCCAGAAUGGGGGUGGGUGUGAGAGCCUCGCCGGGGGCUUCGCCUGCCGCUGCCCCACACAGAGCCAGGACGGCGUCCUCUACGGAGGAGCGACCUGCGACGUGAAGCUAGUCGGCUGUGAAGGACACGAAUGCCUCAACCAGGGCUCCUGCUCUCCGUUCCUGCUGGACGGGACUCAUGGUUACACCUGUUCCUGCGGCCCCGGGCACACGGGACCACUCUGCAACACCCCGACCACCUUUUCCUUCGAGCGCCGAGGCUACCUGUUGCUCCACAACCCGCUGCUGAACGCAGAUCUGACCUGCAACAUCACGCUGAGCUUCAAGACAGUCCUGCCGUCGGCGUUGCUGUUCCAGAGGACCAUCCGGGGGCUUCUGCUGCAGCUUGAGCUGGCGGGGGGCCAGCUGGGCCUGACGCUGAGGAGGGAGGAAUCUGAAGCAGAGAGUCGGGUCCUGCUGCUUCCACGCAACGUCACCGACGGAGAGUGGCACACGGUGGAGGCUGUGCUCUCAAACGAGGAUUUAAGCCUUCGACUGCUGGGUGAGGCUGGGGGCUGUGGGAGCCGGCCAUGCUACGCAGUGGCCCCGGUCCAGAGCACCCUGAUGGGGCUGGGCACCUCCCCUCAGAACACUUUUAUCGGGGGGACCCUCGACCAUCCGAGCGGGUCCAGCAGACUCCCGGCGUCGCCUGCGUUCAUCGGCUGCAUGCGCGACGUGUUUGUAGACUGGCAGCUUGUUGUUCCCGGGGAAUGGCUGAGCGACUCCGCCGUGAACGUGGCCCCCGGCUGCAGCCACAGGGACCGCUGCCGGGGCGAGCCGUGCCAGAACGGGGGCCGGUGUGUAAACCUGUGGCAGAGCUACCAGUGCCAGUGUGCAAGGCCUUACGAGGGGCACGACUGCGAGGAGGAGCACGUUCCAGCUCGCUUCGGCAACGAGGACUCGCACAGCUUCGCGGCCUUCAGCGUCACCGAUGACCUGGGUCAGAACAUCUCCAUCUCGCUGUUCCUGCGCACACGGAGGCAGAACGGACUCCUGCUGGUGCUCGCCAGCAGCAACAGCAGCAGCCUGUACCUGCGCCUGUGGCUUGAGGCUGGCAGGGUCACGCUUCGUCUCCAGAACUCUGAGGUCCUGAAGGCGCAGAGAGCGAUUCACGAUGGAGAAGUCCACUUUGUGCAUGUCGAGGUGCUGGAUGGUCAGAUGUCGCUGUAUGUAGCGGGUCAGAAGCAAGGGGACGUCGAAGUAAGGGCCGUCGACGUCCGAGCAGGCGACUGGGUUUUCGUCGGCGGUCUGCCGGAGAAGAGAGCCACAUCUGAGUUUGGUGGAUUCUUCAAAGGCUGCAUCCAGGAUUUGAGGAUCAACGACAGGAGGCUGCAGUUCUUCGGGCCGGACACUUCGGUGGGGUCGUAUCUUCCUGAGCUGAUGGAAAACGUGACAGCUGGGUGCUCUGGAGACAACGCCUGCAGCAGGAAUCCCUGCCUAAACGGGGGCAUUUGCUUCUCGGAGUGGGACGACUUCACCUGCACCUGCCCCAGCAGCACAGCAGGGCGGCGCUGUGAGGAGGUGAAGUGGUGCGAGCUGGCGCCGUGCCCCGCCGCUGCAGAGUGCAAGAUGCUGCCGCAGGGAUACGAGUGUUACUCCAAUGCAACUUUCCUCAACGACAGCACAGUGAUGGCCUUUCGGGGAAACGGCCACAUUUCCCGGAACAUCACCAGCCUGUCGCUAACCCUCCGCACGCGGAAGCUGAACGCCGCCAUCCUGCAUGCGGAGAAAGGCUCCUCCUUCGUCACGGUUUCUGUUCAGGACGGAGUCCUCUUCAUGGAGCUUCAGAGCUCCUCCAGAGGCCUCCGCGGCGUGGAGGAGGAGGACAAAGAUGAGAAGAGAGAGGAAGGCGUGUCGACGGUGAGCCUCAGCAGCAGGAAGAGGAUCACUGACGGCGAGUGGCACACGGCCCAUCUGCUAAUGACGGCACCGUGGGCUCAGUCCUCUCGUUGGACUUUGGUGCUUGAUGACGAAAUCGAGGAAGCCAGCAUCUCCAGAGGCCAGGGCAGCAACCUGAACUUCCUCAGGGAAGGGGUGGACAUCUACCUGGGUGGCCUGGCUCCUUUCGCCGGCUGGUCCCUGGCUGGUUGUCUGGGCACGGUGGAGCUGGGCGGCAUUGCUCUGCCUUACUUCAGACCUGCGGAGGUGAACCUCCCGCGGCUGCAGGAGGAGCAGUUCGUUCAAGCGUCACCGAAGCCUGCCCUGCCCGGCUGCAGAGGGGCGCCGGUGUGUGAGCCCAGCCCCUGCCUCAACGACGGCCAGUGCCAGGACCUUUUCAACGCCUACAACUGCACCUGCGCCGAGGGCUGGGCCGGCAGACGCUGCGACGUCCUGAUAGACACCUGCGCUUCGGGCCCCUGUGUGCACGGCAACUGCACCGUCGACGGGCUCGCCUAUCGGUGCACCUGCGAGUUCGGCUACACCGGGGCGGACUGUGAGGAAGAGCUGGAUGUGUGUGAGAACCACCUGUGUGCCAACGGAGCCACCUGUCUGCACGGGCCGGAAAAGUACGCCUGCUUUUGUGCCGAGAACUUCACCGGACCUUUUUGCAGUGAACGCGUGGAAGAACCUCCUUGGUACAUCGUUGUCAGAAAAGUAAAGCCCAAGCUGCCUGUUUCUGUGUGUGGCGACGAGACCAGAAACUACACCUGCUUCAACGGAGGGAACUGCACUGACCGGGAGCUCUCCUGCGACUGUCCUCCAGGAUUCUUAGGUCACAGGUGCGAGCAGGAAGUGGAUGAGUGCGAAUCCAACCCGUGUCUGAAUGGAGGCUACUGUCGAAACCUGAUCAACAGGUUCGUCUGCGUGUGCGACAUGAGCUUCGCUGGAGACGUGUGCCAGAUGGACCUGACCUCUGAGGGCCGGACCUCCGACAUCUUGCUGCCCAUCAGUCUGGCGUCCGUCAUCGCGCUGCUGGUGCUGGUCCUGACCUCCGUCGGCUUAGUGGCCGCGCUAAAUCGCCGCGCCACCCACGGCACCUACAGUCCCAGCCGGCAGGAGAAGGACGGAUCCCGCGUGGAGAUGUGGAGCAUCACGCAGCCGCCGCCGAUGGAGAGACUCAUAUGAGGUGAUGCGGGGCGUGAAUCCGCUCGCUGUUGGUAAUCAGAGGAACGCAACCGUGAGAUAAAUCUGAUAAAUUAGCAGCCGAUGGAUCAGGAUGGCUGCAAGGCAACGUCUCGCGCUGCUGCUGUCGUUCUUUGUGUGAAAGUCUCCCCUGAAGGCCGCUUUAUCCAGCUUCCGGUGCGUUGCAGGAAAAAUCACGACUACACGAUGCCCUAUGACCUGCAGGAAUUUCUUAAUGGUUUUAAACUAGAGGGAAAAAACACAUAACUACGUGAAUUUUCCUACAUUUUGUCAGGUUACAACCACAAACAAUAACUGGGUAGGGGUGUCAGAGUAAAUACAUACGCACAUCAGUGUUUAAAUUUCCUAUAAUUUCCAUUUAAAGCGGUUAUUGAUCAGGUCGGUUGCCGUUAGACUGCUUUUGUUCUGAACACAGCCAAGUGAUCGUUUAAAGACCUGCAAAUACAUGCAUUAAAUAAAUCAAUAAACUUUAGCCUAAGUGUACUUUUGUUUGGAUUUUAGGUGAUAAAUUGGUUGCACUUGAUCUUAUUUAGGGGUGUAUGAGAAAAUGGGGCUGGAUUUAGAAGCACACCACACUUUUUAGUUCUUUGUCAAUU